CGUCGGUAAGAGCCGCCAUUCAGUACAGUUUCGUUUUCCAGCUCGACCGUUGGUCAAUCUUUACGAGGUCGUAAAUAAAUUACCGUAAACAAAAUGGUGCAUUGGCGACUCCUGCUACUCGUGGCGACCAUCGCGGUUUGCGCAACCAACGGAGAAGCUAAAUCAACCGCAUCCAGCAGGUCGACUGCAGCCGAAAGAACGGGUCGCUACAAGAGUUUGCUCACCGAUUAUUUCGCUCUGCCCAGACACCCGUAUCUCAACGAAGUCAACUGGAUUAACGCCCGUGCCGGAAUCUUGUCGGAAUUCGAAAAAAUUCUCCACAAUGUCCCCAACACCACCAUGGAAAUUCAGGACUUUCACACAUCCAUCAGCUUCGUGCCCAACAUUGCGACCGAAAUCAAAGGCAAAAAUAUCAUUGUGACAUUCGCUGGACGUAAUCGAGGAAAAGCGGGAGACGAGAUCCUAGUCAUCGGCGCUCAUUACGACUCGGAUGCCUCCGUAUUGAUUAGUAUCGAUGACAACGGCUCCGGAGUAGUUGCCAUGUUGGAAAUAGCUCGCGGGCUGGCUGAUGCCAUAGUUAACCGCAAGGCUGUACUUGUUAAUACCAUCAUGUUUGUCGCCUUUGACAUCCAGAACGAGUUUAGCGAUGGCAUGGCCCAGAUUGGUGGAAGUUCUUUUUUCGUCAAAGAAAAGUUGGCGACGAUACUAGACUCGCAACCCAAACCGAGUUUCCUUGGCGCCAUCAUACUUGAUUCAGUUAUGAAUUAUAACAGCAGCGAGGGAUCGCAAGUUCUUCCUAACGGAUUUGAAAAGUCAUUUCCGGAAGCGUUCAGUCAAAUCCAAGCAAAUCUAUACAAGGGCAACUAUUUGGCAAUGGUCACCAAGGAGAGACUCAGAAGCCUCCAACUGGAUUACAGUAUCGCGCAAGAGUGGAACCGAACUGACACGCAACAGCGAUACCCUUUGUACCAACUAGAAAUCCGCCGUACAGCUGCUUCACCGGCACUUUUCGAAUUCUUAAAACAAGAUCACGUUCCGUUUUGGAAUUUUGAGAACAACCCACUUUCUGCUGUUCUUCUCACUGACACUAGUAAAUGGCGAGGAAUUCAAAGGAUGUGCGGAAUAACCAUUUGCAACAGCACUCAACUUUUAACCUCAGAUCGACUUAACAUGCUGGAUCAAGUUGUAGUAACAUUGGAACGAUUUAUCUCACAAUCUCACUUGGAUGGUUCGGUAUCGAUCGACACAGGAAGUGGAACGUCCAUUUACGCUAGCUUAUCUGCCACCAUUUUGACUGUUUUAAUAGCUUAUCUUAUGUGAAUUUCUUUCCGGCUCACAAUUCAUUAACCACUCUCGUAAAUGUCUAACUACCGUCUUAUCUAACAUUAUUUAGAACAAUGUGAAUUAGAAUAAUCUAUUCUAAUUCACAAAACCGACAUCAAUGUGCCAAAUACAUAUAUUUGUUUCACAAAAACUCGAAAA